AUGAUUUUCACUCAACUUAACAGCGACAAAGGUCUCGCAGAACUCAACACAUUUUUAGAAGAACAUUCAUAUAUUGAAGGCUAUGAACCAACUCAAGCUGAUGUUUCUGUGUUCAAAGAACUUGCCAGUAAGGAAGCAGAACGACUAAAGGCUGAACGUCUAGAAGCGUAUCGCAAAAAAAAGGAAUCUAAACCAAAGGUUAUCGCUAAAAGUAUGGUUUGCUUAGAUGUCAAACCUUGGGAAGAUACUACUAACCUGGUUGAAAUGGAAAAGCUUGUGAGGGGUAUUACUUUGGAUGGGCUCGUGUGGGGUGCUUCUAAAUUGAUUCCAAUUGGCUAUGGUAUCAAAAAGUUACAAAUUUCAUGUGUCGUUGAGGAUGAUAAAGUUGGCAUUGAUGACCUAGAAGAACAAAUCACUGGAUUUGAAGAUCACGUUCAAAGCGUUGAUGUUGUUUCCUUCAACAAAUUGUAA